UGGGCAUGCGCACUAGAAGGACGGUGAAAUGCGCGCGCAACCCAUUUACGUCUGCGCGCAACGCACGCAACUAUUGCCACCCCUGGAGUUCGUUCAAUACAAGCAGGUUCGCACAGUCGCGCAUGCGGAUCGUUCUUUUUAUAAUCAGGUGUAUAACGAUAUGGCCGAUAGCGAGUUUGAAGAAUUUCGCCGUGUAUUCGAUAGAUUACCACAACACAUAAAGGCACCAACGCCAUUCUAUUCAUUAGUGCCAAAUGUGGGGUUGGAUGAUGAGUCGCCGUCAUCCAAAAGCGAGGGAUCCCCUGAAGAAGACAGGGGAUGCAUUACUGACAGUGAACCCCCUGCGCCCGUGGCAGAGGAUGUCGUAUCAUCACCUCCCCAGCCCGACUUAACAGAGAUACACAGGAGUCCUCGACACUUAUCCUUUGCAAAUGGAGAACGAAGAAGGAGAAAGUUACCAGAAAUACCAAAAAACAAAAAAUCUACAGUACUCACUUGUGGUCAGCCAGCUUCGUUAGCUGACGAAUUGGCUGGGGUCCUGGUGAGGCCAGGAUGCCAAGGGCGGCCGCUCCUCGUUCUGAAAUGCGGCUAUCUUCUCGACGAGGACUCCAGUCCCGACUCGGAGAGACUGCAAAGCCUCGGGGAUGUCGACAGCGGACACAGUACAGCACAUUCACCAAUCGAUACAGGCCCCAAAAGUUUAUCGCCGACACCUUUGCAACAAAAUGGUCCAGUGUCUCCAUCUUCCACCUGCAGCAUCAGCGGCAUCAACUUCGCUGGGAACAUGACCACAGUUCCGCACAGCCAACUAGAAAUGCUCGAAGCCACGCACAGAGGCCUACACAAAUUCAAUCCCCGACAUCAUGAUGAGAUCGAGGUGGAGAUUGGAGACCCCAUUUAUGUUCAAAAAGAGGCAGAUGAUUUAUGGUGUGAAGGAGUGAACCUGAGAACUGGUCAACAGGGAAUUUUUCCAUCAGCUUACGCAGUCGACAUGGACUACAAUGAUUUCGACCCUGCAAACACCAAAGUGAAGCGGGAGAGAUACUUAUUGGGAUAUAUGGGUUCAGUGGAGACCUUAGCACAUAAAGGGACCGGCGUGGUCUGUCAGGCAGUUAAGAAGAUUGUUGGUGAAUGUAGUGGAGAACCUCGUUUACAGCCGUGUAUCUUGGAAGUGUCAGAUCAAGGAUUACGUAUGGUGGACCGAUCCAAACCAGAUAGGACCAGAAGCGGCCCUUGUAUUGAUUAUUUCUACUCCCUGAAGAAUGUAUCGUUCUGUGCGUUCCACCCCCGAGACCAUCGCUACCUGGGCUUCAUCACCAAGCACCCAACGUUGCAAAGAUUUGCGUGCCAUGUCUUCCGAGGCCAGGAGUCGACUAGACCUGUGGCAGAAGCCGUAGGGAGAGCAUUCCAGAGGUUUUAUCAAAAAUUCAUAGAAACGGCAUAUCCAAUUGAAGAUAUCUACAUAGAAUAAGACAGCAAUGAAACACUACAGUAAGCUUAAUAUACAUCUAUUAUAAUUUAAGAGCUAGAUACUUAAGCAGUCACUAAGUCUAAUAAUAUUGUAUUUACUAGUUCUUUCUGAAAAAUCUGUCUCAAAUCAAACACAAAAGACGUACUUAUAUGUAACCGUUUGGAAUAAUACUUAGAAAGUAAGUACCUAGUAAGUAGACCGUUUGAACAAAUAUACUGACGAGAAAAAUAGCCAAAUCGUUCCCAAGGGCAUGGGAUGGACAGUAGCAAUAGAACAGUAAAUCUUAUCUAUCAGGAUAGGGGCGACACAGGAGCUGCGUAGUUUCAGGUCCCAUAUAUAAGUGCAUUUUUUCAUUCAUUUAACAUUUCUAAACAUCGUUCUCGUCGGUGGAGUUCUUACCUUCUCUCUCUAUCCUUAGCCAUUGUUUUGGCCUCUCUGUAUCGACAUCAAUUUUGUUCCCUCUUUUAUUUGGUCCAUAAAAGCCCUUCUUGGCUUUUCUUUCCUCUUUUCGCUUUUAUUUUACCUUUUAUUAGGUCUUUAAUCAGAUUAUCAUAUCGUACAAGGUGGUCAAACAUUUUCCCAUGCCUCAGCUUAACUUUUUCAUUUACUAGGUCAAAUACUUCUGCGUCUUCUUUUCUGUCUGUUUGUAUUUUUUUUUUCUUCUCUAAAUCCCUACUGAUCUUCACUGAUGUAACGUUCUGCUAUUGGUUUCAUUCUGUUUUGUGUUAUUUAGAUUAGAAUUUUUGAGGCGUGAUUUUUUAAACUUCUUCACAUUUCAAGGUAUCUUGUUAGUUUCUUCGGUAAUGUUAUUGUUUGUGUGGUUUAUAAAUUUUUUGGUAUAAAUCCUGUCGAGUAAAUUCAAAUAGUACAUCACAAAUAAGAUCAUAAAGUGCAUAUUUUAUAAUUUAUAUAUUAAUACGGUUAUGUCCUGGCUGCUUUUCAAUUUUUUAUUGUUUAGGGCUUUGUCGAAUUCGUCUCGUGGAAGGUCCUACAUUGUCUUCUUCUAUUGACUCUUCUUAUUCUUUGUCAUGUUCUUGAAGGCCUUCACCUUUAUAUAAAGUGUCUAAAUAUUUUUCCCUCGUGUUACUAGGUAUUCCUAAGUUUUUAACAAUUUAUGUCAUAGUAAUAUUUUAGAAACUUAUUUUUCAUUUAAAAUACUACAAUUUGUGUAUGCAAAAACGGAAUUCGUUAACUUUUAUGACACAAUUAUACUUUACCAAGUAUGUAAUUUCUUUUUAAACGGAGAUUCGCAUUUUAUAUGAAACCUUGAGCGGUUUAAACCUCUAAAUUUCCUCUCCUCUAAACAUGUUCUUAAAAUAUUCAUAGGUAUUUUAUCAAAUUAAUUGGCUUUUGAAAAUUAAACAGAAAACCAUUUUCGCAUACAGUGGGCAUAUUGAGUGAGUUAAGUUUUGUUAUAUAACAAAACAUGAAUAAAAAAAAUUGCGAACCUGCCUUUUUCUGAGUAAAUGUAAACUUAAGGUGACAUUCUUGAAAAAAGCCCUCCGCCCUCCUUAUUUGAUAUAAUUUUACGUAUAUACGUAAAAUCAUGAAAGGUACCUAAAUCUUGAAAAACAUAGAUUUGAAAAGUUAAUAUUUUUGUUUUUGUUUUUUCACCAUUAUACUACGACAAUAAACUGACCAUCUAUUUCCGUAAUAGGUAUUCUUCAAAAAAAAAUGUGUAAUUUUUUAUAUGAAUAUUUGACUUAGUGACUGUUAAGUUAUAGCUCAUCAAUGACGCGCCUCACUUUGGACAUAAAAAAAAAAUUGUGAAUUGCCGGAGUGGGGCGCGUCAUUUCAGUACAUAAACGCGAUCUUCAAGCUCGUUGUCGGCCGCAUUGACAUACCUAGCCUAUUUCAAAUGUAGUUAAACCACAUUAAAUUAUUUACUGUUAUGGUUAGAUUAAUAAUUAUAGCAGAAAGCCUAAUGUCAAAAAAAAUCUAUUGAUCUCUCAAUCAUCUGAUCCUUAUGGAUUAGGUAUUAUAAUAACGAUAAUAAGUACUUUAAAGUGAGAUAAAAUAUAUUUUCUUCGUUAAUAAAUAAGCGAAAUAUGGUCAUAAGAACAUACUUAAGAAUCGUCACUAUUAGGAACCAUUGGCUUAUAUAUAUAAUAUAUAUUAUCUAUUUCAAAUCACAUCCAAACUAUUCUUAAUGGUCAUUAUUAAUCUUGACUUGUUUAUAUUGUUGAAUAUUGUAGGCUUUUACUAAAUAUUUUAUAUAUUAUCUAUUGAGUCGACUAUUAUAUGGGCAUACCUACUAACUCAUUUUAUAAAUAAUAAUAAAGGCUAGCUACUACUUAAUUAAAAUGAUAUUAGUGUGGUUGACAUGCCUGUGAUCAUGAAACGAGUGCAGCAACAUUCUGUACGCUACUUGUAUAAUGAUUUACUGGACAAAAAUCUCAAUUACUGUGAUAAAAGAUGCAGUUUUUGGUAUAGGUUGUAAUGUAGUACUACCAAUGUAAUUAUCAAGACUUUUAAUUUCCAUGACCUAAUGAGGUUGUAAUACCGCCUGUGGAGACGAAUAAGAUUUUUUUAGAAUUUUCCUUCGGUAUUACUAUAACAUACAUAUAUCGAUGGUCGUUCAUAAAGGAGUACAGGAGUACCAAU